UGUCAUGCGAUAUUCUUACAUCUACAUUUAUAUCUACAUCUACAUCGUCGUCAUCCCGCCUCGGUUCCAAUGCCACCAUAAGCAAUCAACAUCAGCUUUUCCCCAUAAAUUGCCGAAACCAAAACUCAGCAACCGAUAUCAAGUUCGAUAACUCCAACGAGAGUCGUCCGAUCCCUUCGCGAUGGGAGUAUUUCAAGCCAAGAAAUUUCGAGGUAGUAGUGAUACCGGUACAUUCGCAGCAAAAUAUCGCAUAUGGAUGGCAAAACGUCCCUUUUUACUAUUCGGACUACCAUUCAUGACCGUCAUCGUAGCAGGUUCCUUCGUGCUGACACCUGCCACGGCUAUACGAUACGAAAAACAUGAUCGACGAGUGAGACAAUUGACUCGGGAAGAGGAAUUAGGAAUCAGCAAAUCAGCUCGGAGAGUGAAUAUGAAAGAUGAAUACUAUAGGCUAGCUGCGAAAGACAUCGAUAACUGGGAGCAGCAACGAGUGAAAAGACUUCCGGGUGAGCAUGAUGGCGUCCUAUAAAGAGUGAAAUCUAGAAUCGGAAUGAACCUUCAAAUUGCUCGACCAAACUCUAGGU